GGUUGCUAGAUCAAAUCCCCGAGAUGACAAGUUAAAAAUCUGAACAAGGAAGUUAGCCUAGGAACAGUGGGUUGUCUUUGUAAAUAAGAAUUUGUUCUUAACGGACUUGCCUAGUUAAAUACAAAUUUUGUGUUUACAUACUAGUCGGAACUGGGACAUUCGGAAAUGUCCGACUUGCUAAAUGUCAGGUUGUAGAUAUACACGUGUCGCGUUAAACCAGUUAAUUAACAAGUCGGACAUUUGAGUACUGUAGUUCCGACUAGCACUCAAACGCAGUUUACACACGGAGGUUAGUUGGGAUUUUCCUUUAUUCUUUUGUAAUGGAAAUUCUAGAGCUGGUGUCAUCAAGCUUCGGUUAUGUCAUAUUUACAUAAUUUUAUAGCUGGGUCAUGUUGAGUUCUCAGUAAUAAAGUUGGAGCUGCCAGAAAGAAAUACGAUGUGACGGUAAAUAAAUAAUGUAACUGUCAAAUGGAGCGAAAAUUGAAUAACUGCACUGCAAUGCCAUAUACGUAUUGUAGUGAGUUUACGAAAUGUCGGUUUAUUAAACCAACUUUACACAGGCUACUGUUUGGCCGUAGCCCAUGCCAAAUAAAUGAAAGAUAACCCACAAGCCAAUCGUGACCUUCUCUUGUGAAGCCCAGACGUAAGAGAGAGAACAAAGGCUAAACCUGGUCUUAACUUCCAAUGCUCCAUCCCCCUGCCCAACCCCCCUCCACGCCACUCCGCCAACCGCCAGGAUGCCCGGCAUCAGAACAUUCCAGGCAUUCCCGUGAUUGGCAGAUAGCAGGUGGAUUUGCAUGUCGGACCCCGCGAACACUGGGUACUCUCAGUACCAUGUCAGGGUUUUUGGACAGUGUCCGAUGCGGAGACUGCGAGUGCAAUGUGGACUGGGGAGAGAGGCGAAACACCAUGGCAUCUAUAGCUGCUGGAGUCCUGUUUUUCACUGGUUGGUGGAUAAUCAUUGAUGCAGCUGUGAAAUAUCCAGAUGAGGCGGUCUUCCAUCAUGCCUAUCACACAUGUGGAGUCAUCGCUACUGUGGCUUUUCUCAUGAUCAAUGCUGUCUCGAAUGGCCAGGUGAGAGGGGACAGCUACAGUGAAGGUUGCAUUGGGCAGACAGGAGCUCGUGUGUGGCUCUUCAUUGGUUUCAUGCUGGCGUUCGGCUCUCUCAUCGCUUCCAUGUGGAUCCUGUUUGGAGGCUUCGUAGUGCCCAAGAAACCUGUUGUGUAUCCUGGUAUUGCGGUUUUCUUCCAAAAUGCAUUCAUUUUCUUUGGGGGCUUGGUGUUUAAGUUUGGACGCACUGAAGACUUGUGGCAGUAAUGGUUUCUGUCAACUGUCAUACUAUCUGUUCUCUUAUUGUAUGAGACAGCAGUGUACACUUUGGCCUGUCAAAACACUACCUUCCGUCUUUCAAGCGUUAGAAAAUAUUCACUUUAUAUAAUGACUUUAUAAUUUUGCUUUUUAGAUUAACUUGUUUAAUUUAUAAGUAGGUUGGUUGUUGCUGUACAAAUGUACAUUUUACUAAAGCAUCAUUUGCUGUUCCAUCUUUUAAUUCAAUGUUCUUUUCUUUUGAAUUCUUGUAAUGGGAUCUAGGUGUAUUUUCACUCCAAAUGUGUGGAGCCAUUCUGUUACAAUAAUUUACUACCUUCCAUUAUUUAUCUUGGAAACUGUGCAAAAUAAUAAAUGAGCAGAUUAUUA